AUGCAUGCGUAUACGCUGUCGCCGCAAAAAAAAUAUAAGGAAGGCGAAAGACGGCAGUUGGAUGGUUUAACAGAUCGAGGAUUUUCAAUAGGUAAGGAGGAGAUGAGCGAUAUGAAGUCACUUACGACUGCCAUGGGGGAGCUGGCCUCACUCAAGGAGGCGACCCCCAGCACCAAGGGGAAAGGUCCAGCCAAGAAGAAGGUCCGCCAGAAAGGGAAGAAGUCUGUAGCCGUGAAGCAGCGCCAAUCGGAGGUGGUGACCGAGGAUAAUACCGAGGAAGCGGAGUUUGUUUACAGCUGGCCCUCUUGUUCGUGCGGUAUGCGGCACGCGCCUGUUCCAUUCUUCAGCCCGCCCGACGGCAUCCGUUGCACAUAUUAUUGGCAAUUAGCCGACCACUUCCCAUUUAUGACACUGUACCGUGUCUUGACCACUGAAAUUCAGUUCCUGAAGGCGGACGUUGACCAAAGCGGGGUGAUCGAGCUAGGCGAGUUAAAGGAGCUGAUUCGGACUGUGCUGGGGAUUGAGUUGUCGGACCGAAUGGUCGAGAAAACCUUCAACGAAAUCGACACGGACGGAAGUGGCACAUUGGACUUCCUAGAAGUCAUCUCGGUCGUGGACACAUUGAUCCAGAGACGAGAGAACCAACUGCCGGGCAUCAUCCAGAAGGAAUACUCAAAGGCCUGCGUCAUCCAGUGACCCCGUCGCGCCUCACGCACGCUCAUAAUAUAUGUUUCCGAAUAUUUUUGUUUAGUGAUAAACGUCAGAAUGUUAA